UAUGACUUUCUGGAUAAACAGUGCAUCAAAUGUACCCGGCGAGUAAGUGAGAGAGUUAGUGUGCUUGGUUCUGGUUGCUUGUUUGGACACUUUGUUGGAUCAUAUCUGGUCGGAGUGAGGAAGAAGAGAGUGUAAGGAGCGGAAACAUGGAAACCGGAAGUAGGACUGCAGCGGUGUCCUUACUGCUCUCUGCGGUGCUGCUCGCCUGUGUUUGUGCCGUCGACAGUGCUCAGGUUGACCCUCUUGUGUUUGAGGAGCAGCUGCUGUGGGUUAGUGGAGCACAGGGUAACGUGAACACCUACAGGAUCCCGCUCAUCACUUUUACUCCCAAAGGAAGCCUGCUGGCCAUCACAGAGGGCAGGAAGUCGUCGUCCAGUGACGUGGGAGCAAAGUUCCUCGCAGUGAGACGGUCCACUGACAAAGGGAGCACCUGGUCUCCAACGGCCUUCAUACAGGAUGAUGGUAGCUUUCCAGAUGGUUUGAACUUGGGCUCCGUAGUCGUGGAUGAAGAGGCAGGUUCAGUGAUUCUGAUCUACACAAUCUGCUUCCACCUUUACCAAUGCAAGCCGGCUAGCACCAUGAUGGUGGAGAGCUGGGACGACGGUCUGAGCUGGACCGCACCCAGAAACCUCUCGGUCCAGCUUGGAGUGAAGGCUUUUGCUCCUGGGCCGGGAUUCGGCAUCCAGAAGCGCCUUAAUCCUGCAAAGGGGCGGUUGGUGGUUUGUGGCCAUGGGACGAUCGAGGGGGACGGAGUCUUUUGCAUCCUGAGUGACGAUCAUGGAGAGAACUGGUACAAUGGAGCAGCCCUGAAGAGCAUCCCUUACAACCAACCGAAAAGAGCUCAGGACUUCAACCCUGACGAGUGCCAGCCAGUUGAGAUGAACGACGGCAGCAUCAUGAUCAACGUCCGGAACCAGAACAACUACCACUGCCACUGUCGCAUUGUGGUUCGCAGUUUGGACGGAGGCUUGACUCUCCCCGUAGAGGAGCUGUACUUCGACUACAAUCUGAUCGAUCCUGUAGUUGCAGCUGGAGCUCUGCAGAAAGAUGGAGUGCUCUACUUCACCAACCCUUCCAACGACCAAAAGAGGGUUAAUCUGACGCUACGAUGGUCGCUAACAAACGGAAAAUCCUGGGAGAACAAAGCCGUCCAGAUCUGGCCGGGACCGAGCGGGUACUCCUGCAUGACGACUCUGAACACUGGCUCCGUAGAAGACCAGAAGUACAUCUACGUCAUCUAUGAGAAGGGCCACAAGGACAUUAUUGAGACCAUCUCGUUUGUGAAGAUCCACCUAUACGGCGGCCAUUAGGGGAGUCAGUCGAUGA